GGAAAUGAACCCUGCUCUUGGGCCCAGACUACCCCGUUGUGUAUUGAGGCUGCCUUGGGGGCAUGUCUCUCUGAACGGCGUUCAUGGUGGGAAGAAGGAAGGAUCCUGGCUCUUCUCUGGCUUGCAUGGAGCAGCGUCCCCUGGCUAGAACUGCCUUUGCUUUGCCCCAGCGAAGGUGUCCCUUUCUGCAGCCCUCUGUGAUCUGUGGUUGUUGCUGCAAUCCUGGCUCAGAGCCUCUGCUGACUGCUGCGUUUGUGUGACUAGCUGCGGCCAGCGCCCUCCAAGAUCAUUUCUUUCUCUUUUUUGCAUCCAGCUUUAGCCUUUGAAGUCGCCAUGCAAGGACGAACUAGAAGCUGAGAGGUGUUAUCUGGAGGGUGUGUUACGCUGCCAUCCUUCCUGGGUAAAAUGCAACAUCAUGCAUGCUGGCGUCCUUCCUUCCCUGCUCUACACACAAGCAACUGGGAGCGGCUGCAUAGCCACUAAGGCGCUUCCGUGACGAUGUUGGCUGCUCUUUUACUGGCAGUCCUUCAGAUCGUCCUUCGGUCGGAUGCCUUUCUCUGCCCUGAGAAAUGCAAGUGUGUUCCCAGUAAUGCCAUCCACUGCUCCGGUGCGGUCCUCACGGGCCUGGCCUCCCUGGGUCUGCCGACCAGCCUGAUAGAGAUCCAGCUCUCUCACACCCGCAUAAGAGCCCUGACGGAUGAUGUUUUCUCCAAUAUGACUGUUCUGGAGCAUCUCAGUUUGUCUUCAAACCAGCUCGCUGUGAUUUCGCCAGGAGCAUUUAAAGACCUGAUAAAGCUGAAGAGCCUGAGGCUGUUGGACAACAAGGUAGUUCAGCUUCCCCCCGGGGUGUUUGAUCAAAUGACGAACCUCCAGCAAUUGAUCCUUGAAGAAAACCAGCUGAGACACGUGGAGGGAAGUCUGUUUGACAAGCUGGUCAAUUUGCAAGAGCUAUUUUUGAACAAGAACAAUCUCACGGAGCUUCCUGAAGGAUUGCUGAGGCGCCUUGUCAAGCUCAAGUUACUGAGCUUAUCCCGAAACUCUCUGUCAGUCCUGCCUAGAAAUAUAUUUAGCAAGUUAACCAAGCUGGAGAAGCUGCUUCUGUAUAUGAACAGGCUGACUUCAAUAGACGCUGACGUGUUCGAUAACCUCGGGGAGCUAGUGCAACUCCAACUGUAUAGAAAUAAUAUUCAGUCCAUCGCCCCUGGUGCCUUUCGCCAUCUCCUUAAACUGAAAUCACUAUCGCUGUCCAGAAACAAGCUGCAGUCCCUGCCUCACGGGCUUUUUCUGCAUUUAAACAAUUUGACUGUUCUGUCCUUGCAUAGCAAUCCACUGGGAUCGCUUCCAGAAAUACUGUUUGGAGAAAUGAGGCAGCUUCGGAGUCUGCGGUUAUAUGAAACUCAACUCACGGCCCUCCCAGACUAUGUCUUCAGUAACCUGACAAAUCUGGAGCUCCUGGUGCUGACUUCAAACCCCAAGCUCACCGUUCUGCCAAGCAACGUGUUCAGUGGUCUCGAGCGCCUGGUCAAUCUGUCCCUGCAUACAAACAACAUCUCUCAUCUGCCAGGCGGCCUCUUCCGGGGCCUUCGGAGCGUGCAGGAGAUUUCCCUUCAUGGCAACCCGAUUGCAGUUCUUCCUGGAAACCUCUUCCACCAUCUCGGCAAACUUCAGAAAAUUUACCUAAAUAGUACCAGGCUGCAGUCCCUUCCCGGAGACUUCUUUAUGUCCUUACCCCAGCUCCAAGAGGUCUGGCUUGACAACAACCCCUGGAAAUGCGACUGCCACAUAAGUGGACUUGCAGGGUGGCUCCAAAAGAACGUGGACUUGGUAGAGAGAGGCAGGUUGAUCACCUGUGACAGCCCGUUCGCCCUCCAGAACUCGUCUCUCUUGGCCCUGGAUCAACACUUCCUCUGCCUGUCCCCCACGGCCCUCGCACACCUCGCCUCUGAGAGCUCGUCUCGCUCGCAGGCCUCGUCUCCUCCUGUGACGUCCUCUCCGAGGCCCGGCACUGCUGCUGUGCCCCCCACACACUCCCGUUUGUCUCUGCCAGUUAAUACUGAAUUUGUCGACUUUUCUUUUUCCAGUGGUGAAGAGAUAGAUCAGUCAGGGUUUUAUCCCAUGGAGAAUCCCACCCAACGCCCAGGCAGCAUGGUGGAAAGCAUCGCCAGCAUGGGAGAGGUGAUUGCAAGGCCUUCCCCUUCGUACACAAGACCACAGGACCGCCGCAGCACUCAGCUGGGUUUUGACCUCACAGUUCCUCGUUGCCAAAUGUAUUUGUGCCUUUAUGUUUUGGCUUUAACGGUACAAGCUGUAGCCAUUGGGACCACCUUGUACAUGGCUGGUAACAUCGGGUGGCUUCUGUGUAGUAGCAACGCCUCUGUCCAGUCUGUUGAACUGGUCAGAAUUAUUCCUCGUUAGCAAUACAGGUGAGGAGC